AUGUCCGAGAGUAGUUCCGUGACAUUGCGCUCAUCGAAUCUGCUAUCGACAUCACAAACAGAAUCGUUCUACGUACAUGGACCCGACCAAUACGAUCAGAAUUUUCAGACGACAAUAUUUACUCCUACAGUUAGUAGAAAGAAAGCGUUCAGAUAUUCGUUAAGUUCGAAGUUUGAUUACGAAAAAUUACAAAAAGAAAUAAAUAAAUUGAUUAAAUACUGUGGAAUUGAAGAAAAGCCUUUCAUAAGUGAAGGAGGCUCCAGGCUGGUUCUCACAGAGGUCAAGUUUUUACCGGCGAUUAGAAUUUUGGAGAGAAUUGUGUAUCGUACAGAGAAUUCGGUGCUCCAACGGUGUCCAGUGGACAAAUUGAUAAUGUGUUGCCUGGCACUAUCGAAAGAGGCCUACGAAUCCGUCAAGGUCUUCUCGAAUGUGACACCUGUGCAUCUCAGGAGAGUACGAAUAGCCGAGAUGAAUUAUUUUAGGGUAGUGUGGCUUCUGACCCCCGAAAAAACUGAUGUGAUAACAUCAACUCUCAUCUGCUACUUGACGGAUUGGCAUCUCUGGGACGCCAGCAUGCUCUGCAUGGGAGUUAUGCGACGUCUGAUACUAUGCCACGUGGCACUGGACACUGUGCUGUCGUCGCUUUUGUCACUGGUGAAGAAUUUUAUUAGGAAUUCAACAGAACCAGAAGCUGAAGUACAAGGCAGGUGCGUUCUGAGGGUGCUGCACGAAAUGCUCAAGCACGGAGCGCCAAGGUGCUCCAUGUCGGGUAUGGUUAACCUAACCGAGAACAUCCUGGAGUUGUUGUACGAAUCAGUUUGCGCAGAUUCUACCAACGCUGCUACAAAAAACUUAAAAAUGCUUCAAAGAGGAUUAGAGGUCUGUGCGAGAAGAGCAAUGGAACGGUUCGAUGAUGACACACUUCUGGAUAUAAUUAGAUUAAUGUUGGACAGAUUAGACACAGGUUUAAACGACAUGCAAAUCAUGGACUAUGGUGGUGUUUUGGAAUACGCUGUUUUGUUAUACAGGAUAUUGCAACGAUUCCUGGACAGGCACAAUAAUCUUUUGUCAUUCAUUUCACCUGAGUUAUAUUUGGAAAAUCUCACAUUCAACAUAGUCGUGGGAUCGUUCCGAUCGGCCGAUAAAGUUUUUCUACUGGAAUACAGGGAGCAACUUCAUGAAACGCUAUUGAAAAUUGUUAGACAUCACGGGCAGUAUCAGGCUGAAGCAAAUCUUCUGCCCGAAAGCAAACUCGUUGAGAUGUCCUGGCGGCACGCGACCGUGGUAGGCGUCAUAUCCUUGGUAUGCUGGACGCACCACGCCGUAACAUUGUACAAAUAUGUCGAAUCUAUAAUAUCAAGAAGAGGCAGACAGGCCCCUCAUCUAAAUCCGCCUCUGAAAUUAAAAUAUGCGGUCGCUUCCCAUCAUGUUUUAUGGCAGAAACCAGAUCUGUAUUUUGAAGCAUGGGAGCUCAGGUACGCGCUCUGGAAACAUUUCCGUUGCAAAAGUAUGGUUGGACACGACAGCGAUGAAGAAUGA